AUGAGCGCGGAAUGCUCGAGCUACUACAGCGCAGAGCACGACUUUGUGAGCGGUUUCACCUGCCCGAGACCGGGAGGAGGCGCGCACGCUGUGUACUGCUGCGGCUUCAACGACGUCAAGUACUGCUGCGACGAUCCCAACAGCUUCUUCCCCUACGAGUACGGGUACAUGUGGUGGCUCAGUGUUGGUGCCCUGGUGGGUUUGUCCAUAGCUGCCGUGGUGUUGUUGGCCUUCAUCAUCACCUUGUGUGUGCUCUGUUACCUGUUUAUUGCCACCAAACCCAGAGGACUCGAUAAUGGUCUCACACUGCAGGUGCCAGGGUCUGAGGGCGGUCCUCAGGAGGAGUCCAGUCAGCGCACCGCUCCGUCCGGACCCCAAGGAUUCCGCAAGCAUUUCUUAAGAGGCAAACUGCACUGUGACAACCAGCCCCCCGACCCAGAGCGGCUGUUUCAGCGCUGCUACAUGGCCACUGUCACCACCAUUAACGUCGAGGGGCCUUCGUAAAGUCCAUAAGCAUCAGCAGCUCAGUUUUUGGAAACUUUGCUAGCUCUAAAGUCCAUCCUGCUUCAUCCUGCCCUCUGUCACUGUGUAAAAAUUGCAGAUUACAAGGGGUCAUCCAGAAAAAGGCUGAACUCUGCUAAUAACUGUGAACUCACCGUGAACAAAUGGACAAGAAAAGUUACAUCAUUUACGAAACAUACCACAGUCUUACAGUGCCCCCUGGCGGCCGAUGACUGCCUGUUCAUGCACUUCUGUCUGAAGUGUCCAAGCUUUUUUUUUUUUCAUGUGGCCACUUUUUCCCAGCAGAUAUCUUUCUGUAACCCAAAGAAAAAACGUUUCAGUGAUGCAUCAGUGUUUUGCUACUUUUAUUGUUUGCUAUUUAUUCCUGAUCCUUAAUCUGUUUUUACAUUUUGAAUAUGCCCAUAACCUGCCAUGCUGUUUCUGAUAAAUAAGUACAUCUGAUUUGCCUGGAGGCCACGUCGGGAACAGUGAGUGGGUUUUAUUAAUGGAGCUGUGCCUAAACCCGAGCUACUGAUGCAACAGACCAGAAAAAUCAACUCAUUCUGUUUUAUUUAUAUUUAGUGGAAUAAAGGUUCUUCUGAAGGA